UAGAGGGCGUGGCUUUUUAGAAAAGACUGAAGUGUAGUAUGUGCACAUUGUGUAGUACAGCUUACAGUGCUAGUGAUGGCUGCUGCAGUAGGGACUGGGCGGUGUGCCUAUGUUGUGGAGAGGAGAGGUCGCUAUUGUCGAAUGGUUCCCGCCACUGGUAGCCUUUAUUGUGGGGAACAUCUGAUACACGACACAGCAGGGCAGCAAGCAAGGGUUAGGGUUCGCUGUCCUCUGGACCCCUCACACACUAUCUAUGAAGACCAACUCUCGAAACAUGUUCGGAGAUGUAAUGCUGCCAAGAAACCACGUCCAACCUGUUACAGAGACGGUGUGAAUUGUGUGCAAGGUAUUGUAGACCCCGUCAGUGUGUCAUUGUCUGACUGUGUGGAAGCUAGACUAACAGAGCUUUGUGAGCGCGUCAAUACCAUCUACCAGGCAGAGUGUGUUGGAGAAAAUAUUAUUACAGAGCAAGUGCUAACUCAUUCUUCAAUGGAAGUUGACCUCCGUGACCUCUCUAACAGUCCGGUAGCGCGCAAACACCUGACGCAGCAAUCCUCGAUUGUUGGCCAUUUGGAUCGACUCUCUCUUCUUGCUUCCAAGGACACAGCAUAUAUUGAGUUUGGAGCAGGUCGGGGAAAACUGUCAGAGAAGAUAAUAGCAGCUCUUGCAAAUCCUAGCAAUGUUCAUCUGGUGUUGGUGGAUAGGUCUAGUUGUCGACGUAAAGCUGAUGGUGCAUUGCGCACUCUUUCAUUGGAGGGUGCCACGUAUCACAGACUCCUCAUGGACAUACAAGACUUUGAUCUAGGAGCAUUGGAGGUGUUAAACUCUGUACAGUCAGUGGUAGGAGUGAGCAAGCAUUUGUGUGGUGUUGCUACUGACCUUGCAUUGCGUUGUCUUGUUCAAGGAAGGACUGCCAAGUUUAGUGGAGCUUUGAUUGCUCUUUGUUGUCACCACCGAGCAACCUGGAGUCAGCUAGCAGGACGCGAGUAUCUGAUACAGCUUGGAUUCAGCCCAGAAGACUUUGUAUUGUUAAGUCACAUGACUAGUUGGGCUGUGUGUGGUGUGCGCUCAGAGCAGGCCGGAUAUGUGCCUCACAAGAACGAACUAAUCGGUAUCAUGUGUAAGAGAAUAGUGGAUUACGCUCGAUUGAAGUACCUACGAGACAAUGGCCUCUCUGCUCAGUUGCUGUAUUAUGUGACUAGGGACACUUGUCUAGAGAAUGUACUUAUGCUUGUACAAUGAUAUAAUUAUAUAAUUAUGCUUGUGUUGUAAA